UCCAUCACACGUACGCUCACCGCCGCGACGGAAUAAAGAAUAUACACCCAGACCGCCAGAUAGGAUAUCUACAGACAGAAUGGUGCAGCGCAAGUACAUCACCUACAACCAGGUCCACAAGCUCUGCCAGGAGUCCGCCCAAAAGAUCCUGAAUGAGUUCAAGCCCAGCCUCAUGAUCGCCAUCGGCGGUGGCGGCUACGUUCCAGCGCGCAUCCUGCGCUCGUUCCUGAAGACCAAAGACAGCGCGAACAUUCCGAUCCAAGCGAUCGGGCUGUCGCUGUACGAGAAGCUUUCGACGGGCAACAGCUCCUCAUCGGGGCCCGAGGAGAAGGCGGGGCACACGGUGACGCGCACACAGUGGCUGGACUUCAGCGCCGUCAAGAAUUCGGACCUGGUCGGACGGAACAUCCUCAUUGUCGACGAGGUCGACGACACCCGCACUACGCUGCAGUACGCCGUCCAAGAGCUGCAGAAGGAUGUCGAGAUGGCCGCUGAGAAGAUGGGCCGCAAGGGCGAGGAGACCAGGUUCUUCGUCUUUGUGCUGCAUAACAAGAAUAAGGACAAGAAGGGUGUGCUCCCCGAGGACAUGAUGAGGGAGGGCAGGUAUUUGGCCGCCGAGACCGUCGGCGACGAGUGGUGCUGCUACCCUUGGGAGGCUACCGACAUCGACGAGCACGACCGACUCGCGGCCGAGGCGGAGUCGAAGAAAUCCGCGUCAAAGCCGAAUGGAAACUAGAUGGGCCGAGGACAAAAGUUUUAUGUGCUUUCUGGGGAAGGAUGAUGGACUGCAGGUGGUUCUGAUGUCCUUUUGUCGGCUGGAGGGGUGGAUACGUACUCUACAUGGCAUACAAUAAAAAUAGAACUCUGAUCUGAUGCCAUUGUAUAUGGCGAUUUGAUUCUGUGCCCGAGUCCCGAGUUGCUUAGACUAAGUAUUCAGGAUCCUUGCUAUAACGAUAGGCCCAGAAUCAUAUUCCCUUUUCGCUGCGGGUGACGAUACAUCAAUGCUAUGGAAACAGGACACCUAAAAUCGUAUUGCAAUGAUCACC